CCUUUGCCUCGAUGUUCAGAAUGGCAAUGUUUCGCUGCUUCCGCUGUGGGCACGAUGUGUAAAGGAGUCGCGUGCUAGAUUGCAGGUGGGCAUCGUUAAUGAGAUUGUUGUGUUUGGUUCGGAGCAGGUUGUGAGAAUUCGCGCAUGGGGGUGGGAGAUUGCGCAGUACGAAGAGAUGAAGUAAGUUUACGGGGACGGAGAGAAAGGGCGAAAUUGUUCGUGGAUGCUGAGAGCCGAGGGAAUUGAGAAUUCGGGAUUUAGGAUGGUGACCAUGGACGUGGACAAUGCCUCUGACGCUGGCAUUAACAGCUCCGCUGUGGUUUCGGCCCUGUCGAAGGAGGCGAACGAGCUGUGGUACUCGCGGUUGAUUUAUACACUGGGAAGGGGUGCAGUGAAUUUGUUGAAUCAGAGUCGGGUAUUGGUGUUAGGGUGCAAGGGAUUGGGAGCCGAGGUUGCGAAGAAUUUGGUGUUGUCUGGGGUGCAAGGGUUAGGGUUAGUGGAUGAUGAGGUGGUUGUUUUAGCUGAUCUCGGAGCGAAUUUUUGUUUGAGUGAGGCCGAUGUGGGAAGGAAUCGAGCGGUUGCUACCGCGCAGAAAUUGAAAGAAAUGUACCCGAGUGCGGACAUCGUGACUCUGUCGAGUGUUGCGGUGGAGAGUUCACUGGGUAGCUACGGGUUUAUUGUGGCGACAAGUGGCUCAUAUCCCGACCUAAUCCACUUAAAUUCUGUCUGUCGGUCAUUAGGAGUGCCAUUUGUAGCGGCGAAUUGUCGCGGGGUAUUCUCAUUUGUGUUCGCGGAUUUUGGUGAUAAUUUCUCGAUCCUGGACGAGACAGGGGAGCCUGCUGGGCCGAUAUUGUUGGAGGGUAUUACUCAGGAUUUCCCUGCCACAGUGACUGUGGUUGAAGAGCAAAGGCAUGGUCUCGAAAAUGGAGACAAGGUGGUCUUUAGUGGGAUCAAGGGUAUGGAGGAGUUGAACCGUGACACUCCGUAUUUAGUGACUGUGACUGGUGUGCAUUCAUUUAUAAUACAGGAAGAUACACGAGCAUAUGGGCGCUAUUUGUCAGGGGGAUAUUUUACCAAGCUGAAGACGCCUAAGCAUGUGGAGUUUCUGUCUUUAGAGAAAGCUCUUCUAUCUCCAAAAUUCUGUUUUAGCGACUCAGUGAAAGCUUCCCAAGCCCUGGCUAUUCACGUCGGCUUUCAAGCUGUGGACGAAUUUGAAAGACGUCAUGUUGCUGAUGCGUCAUCACCCCCCAGGACAAGUACAAUAAGUUCUGAUCAAUUGCACGAAGUGAUAGCGUCGGCUCGAGAAAUCUGGUCAAAUUUGCAGGCCCUGCAUGUUGGGAAGGGCAUCCACAGUGGUAACUACGCAAUGGAAGGGAACACAGGUGGAACGGAAGAGGAGUCAAACGAGGCCUUGUUGAAAGGACUUGGCGAGAGGGGUGGAUUACACCGAGAUAGAGCUGAUUUUCAAGGUGGUGAGUCCAGUAGAGCCGGUAUCGAAGCAGCCGGUGGAGUGCUACCAACAGGGUUACAUCAUAGCAGUUUUGAUGCAAUCGAGGAAACAGUACGGCUCAUUGCGUUGGGUGCACAUGUGGAACUGUGCCCUAUAGCUGCCGUGACGGGAGGUAUUGCUGCACAGGAGGCUAUUAAGGCAUUAACUAGGGUGUUCACGCCAGUUCAGCAAUGGCUCUACUUCGAUGCUGUGGAGUGUCUGCCUAGUCCAUCACUUGCAUCUGAAGAGAGGUUGCCUUGUGGCUCUCGUUACGAUCAUCAGAUUGCUUUAUUUGGCCGAGAAUUUCAGGAGAAGCUAGGCAGUCUUCAGUGGCUUGUGGUGGGGGCAGGAGGAUUAGGUUGUGAAUCUCUUAAGGACUUAGUAUUGAUGGGUGUGGGCUGUAGCUCAAAUGGCAAUAUCACUGUAACGGACAUGGAUACAGUGUCGAAGCCCAACUUGAUCGAUCAAGUGCUGUACCAACCUGAGGAUGUAGGUCGUGCUAAGGCGCCAACUGCCGCGAGAGCCUUGCGCAACAUCAACCCUGCAGCUCAAAUACAUGCCCUUCAGGAGAGGUUUGAUCCAGAGACGGAGGCUAUAUUUGACUCCUCAUUUUUCAACUCAAUAGCAGGUGUAUUUUCAGCUUUGGAUACUUCGUCAUCUAGGCUAUACCUAGACACCCGAUGCGUUUCCAACAGGAGGCCUAUGGUUGAUGGUGGCAAGCAUGGAACCAAAGGCAGUGUUCAGGUAUUUGUACCAUUUCAGACAGAAAUGUAUGCUUCUACCCGAGACCCCCCUGAGCACAAGGAAAUGCCGAUUUGUACUAUAAGGAAUUUUCCUUACGCGAUGGAACAUACCAUUCGAUGGGCGGUGGAGACAUUUGAGUCACUUUUUAAGCUUAGACCAGUUGAUGUGAACUCUUAUUUAUCCAGUCGUGACUUCCAAGAAUCUACACGUAAAUCUCCAGCAUCAUCGAGGCUUCCUAUAUUAGAAACUCUUCGUGAUGCUCUUGUGCGACACCGGCCUUUAAGUUUUGACUCAUGCGUACAGUGGGCGCGUCUACAAUUUGAGGAUUUGUUUUCCAAUAGUAUCAAGCAGCUUUGUUUUAACUUCCCAGCGGAUAUGACCACAAGUGCUGGUGCUCCAUUCUGGAGUGGUACAAAAAGGUUUCCAACACCAGUAACUUUCGAUGCCACUGAUGACCUCCAUCUUGAAUUUAUCAUGGCUGCCGCUAACCUGCAAGCUAUUGUCUAUGGUCUCAAAGGAUGUCAAGACCGGGCCAUUUUUUUAGAUCUUCUUCAGCGUGUUGUCGUCCCUCCUUUUGAACCUAAAGAAGGGGUAAAAAUAGCGGUAACAGAUAAUGAAUUGCGGAAUCGAUCAAAUUCUCAUAAGAGUUCAGGAGAUAAUGAUGCUGCUGCGACAUGUGAAAGAAUUUUGAGAGAGCUUCCCGCUCCUGCUUCCCUUGCGGGCUAUAGGUUAGUACCUAUUGAGUUUGAAAAGGACGAUGAGCUUAAUUACCAUGCUGAGUUUGUAGCCGCAGCCUCAAGUCUGAGGGGACGAAAUUACGGCAUUCCUAGCGCUGAUAAAUUGCAGGCAAGGCUGCUGGGUGGAGGGGUCGUGCCAGCUAUUUCGACAACUACAUCAGUGGUAGGAGGUCUUAUGUGUUUGGAGCUUUAUAAGUUAAUUCAGGAAAAACCUUUCACGCAACAUAAACAUGCUUACUUCAACUUGGCGGUCCCUCUGUUGACGUUUGCACAGCCUAUCAAAGCAUUUGAGCACACGGUUUUACGAAAGGACUUUGAUCCUUUAGUUUGGACGUUGUGGGACAGAUUUGAGAUGGAUUGUCAGAAUAUGACUUUGAAAAAAUUUCUGUCCGAGUUUCAGCGCCAGCAUGGACUCCAGAUUACUAUGCUCUCAUAUGGGAAAAGUUUUUUAUAUGCCGAUUUCCUACCUGCCUCAAAGAUGAAAGAUAGAAUGUCAUUGACUUUAUUAGAUCUUAUCACAACUAUUGGCAAAGUGACACUACCUCCAACGGAAACCAAAAUCUCCUUCUGUAUUUCAUGCAUAGAUGCAAAUAGGGACGAUGUGGAGGUUCCCGACGUAGUUGCCAAAGUGCGGUAGCAAGGCAUGCCUCUAUCCUUAAAUCUCUCCGUAUUUGCAAAGAACUGUGCUCUUCUUAAAGGAAGAACCUGUACAUUCAAUCUUUAGAGCCGGUGUAUUGAUUUGCACCACAUGCCUGCAGGCAAUGCAGCUCGAAUAUUCGUUGAUGGUAUUUUUGUUAUGGCAUAACUAUGAAUAGAAUGAUUCACUCGUGCAUUUAGAGAGGCCCUCCUGCAUCUUUCUUGGGUAAGUGUUGGGAGCUGGGAGAGGCUCAUUUUGAGUGAUGCACAUUUUUCA